CGCACCGCGUCGCACCGGCCGCUCCCGGAGAGGCCGGGAAGCCCCCCUUCCCACGGGUCGCUGGCUGCUAGGCUUCCCAGCCUGUGGGAUGGACGGGAUGUGGAAAGCCGUGGCCCGCCGGGCCCUGCAACGGACUCUGCUGCUGCUCCUGCUGACUCUGGCCUUGUCCCAGACGGUCCAGGCUGGUGUGAAAUUUGACGUUCCCUGUGGAGGAAGAGACUGCAGUACAGGUUGCAAGUGUUUUCCGGAGAAAGGAGGACGUGGCCAGCCGGGACCCGUUGGUCCUCAAGGCUUUCCCGGACCCUCUGGAUUGCACGGUAUCCCGGGUUUGCAAGGACGCAAAGGUGACAAAGGCGAAAGGGGACCUCCGGGAAUAUCAGGCCCCAGAGGAGAUCCGGGGCAAAGAGGAGUUCCUGGUUUUGGCGGAGCCGAUGGCAUUCCUGGUCACCCAGGGCAGGGGGGUCCCAGGGGGAGACCAGGCUAUGAUGGUUGUAAUGGAACCACUGGUGAUCCUGGUCAGCCGGGGACCCCAGGAAUCUUUGGCUCCCAUGGCAUCCCAGGACCUCAAGGACCCAAAGGUCAGAAAGGUGAACCCUACGCAUUGCCUUGGGAAGAGCAAAGCAAAUACAGGGGAGAACCUGGAGAACCAGGGUUGGUCGGGGAACCGGGGCCUCCAGGCAGACCUGGUUUUGAAGGCUUCAUCGGACCCGUAGGUGCCCCAGGACAACCCGGACCCCCUGGACCUCCAGGACCCAAAGGACAGCAAGGCAACCGCGGCCUUGGCUUUUAUGGACAAAAAGGUGAAAAGGGUGAAAUAGGACAUCCAGGCCCCACAGGACUUCCUUCAGAGAACGAGCACCAGAGUACCAUAGAGAUCGUAAAUUUGGAACAGUAUAAGGGAGAAAAAGGACAACAAGGAUAUCCAGGCACUUCAGGACGUGGAGAAGGAGGAAUAAUGGGCUUUGCAGGUCAAAGGGGUAUUUCUGGACUCAAUGGAGAACCAGGAGCACCGGGGCUAAAAGGAUUUUCAGGCCUCAGUGGCCCUCCGGGCUAUGGUGGCAAUAAAGGAAUGAAGGGAGAAAUGGGUGACCCGGGCCCCCCAGGGCCACUUCCCCCGUACCCUCCUCCGAUUUUCAGAAAAGGUGCUGCAGGAGAGCCAGGAGAGCCAGGACUUAAGGGCUUUUCGGGUGAUCUGGGGAACCAAGGAGACCCCGGCCUGCCUGGUCAGCCUGGCGUAUCGGAUGGAUUUAAAGACAACCGAACCGGCUGGCCGGGCGAGAUGGGCCUCAAAGGUGACACCGGAGAUCCAGGCAUUCCAGCGUAUUUUCCAGGCCUUCCAGGGAUCGACGGAAAACCCGGUCUCCCAGGCUUGCCCGGCCUUGCUGGGCCACCGGGGUUAAACGGUAUCCUUUAUGGACUCAGAGGAUCUCAGGGAAUUCCAGGUUUAGCAGGACCACCCGGAUUCCCCGGAGCAAGAGGAAGCAAGGGAUGGAAAGGAGACCCCGGAGACUGCAGGUGCUUGGAUGGAGACAGGGCAGGGUUACCCGGGCAUCGGGGGCCGCCAGGAAUCCCAGGAGACCAAGGGGAUCCCGGGAGGAAAGGGGACAGCGGAGACCCCGGCAAGCACGGCACUCCUGGUUUUCCAGGAUUCAAGGGGUCCCCGGGUGUGAAAGGGUUACCCGGACCUAAAGGGGAGAAAGGAGACCGCCAAACUGUGACAACGAAAGGUGACCAGGGCGACCCGGGCGUUCCUGGCAUUUCCGGUCCCAAGGGGGCCGAUGGACUACUGGGUCCAGACGGAUUGGGAGGUUUUCCGGGAUUACCGGGGCCGCCUGGUGCCGACGGAGUCAAAGGUCUACCCGGGGACCCCGGCCACCCGGGAGGCCCCGGGGUCAAGGGCUCCCCAGGAAUUGCUGGUCCGCCAGGAGGUGGCUUUCCCGGCCCCAAAGGUGCUCGCGGUUUCCCCGGAGACUCCGGAUACUCGGGGAGUCCCGGCCGCCCUGGACUCCCAGGACUUCCGGGCCUCCCAGGCCGAACAGAUUGUGACACCGGAGUGAAGAAGCCCAUCGGUGACGGGCAAGAGGCAAUCUGGCCAGGUUGUAUAACCCCGCCUCGAGGACAGCCAGGACCACCAGGACCUCCAGGACUUCAGGGAUCCAAGGGCAUUCAAGGCUUCCCAGGAACAACAGGUGCCGAUGGCUACGUGGGCCUUAAGGGUCUCCCAGGAGAACCAGGUCGCGAAGGAAUUCCAGGCCCACCAGGAUUCUCCGGGCCCCGAGGACAUAAGGGAGCAUCCGGUUUUCCCGGACCCAAGGGAAGACCAGGGACCGUAGGCAGCACGGGCUUCCCCGGCCUGGCCGGAGAGAAAGGACUGCCGGGGGAAGUGCUGUCGGCCCAGCGUGGUCUCCCUGGAGAAUCCGGCCUGCCUGGGAUUCCCGGCCUCAAAGGGCAACCAGGAAGUAUAGGGCCUCCCGGAUUCCGAGGCAGCCAGGGGAUGCCCGGGAUGCCCGGUCUGAAGGGCCAGCCGGGAUUCCCGGGCCCUUCCGGUCAGCGCGGCCUGCCUGGACUCACAGGGACGCACGGCUCCCCGGGAUUUCCGGGCCACCAGGGACCUCCCGGCCCGCCAGGACCUCUGGGAUUCAAAGGUCAGCCUGGAGACCUAGGCGACCGAGGUGACCCCGGCUUCCCCGGCCCCGUAGGAAUGAAAGGCCUGGGUGGUGAGCCGGGUGAGAGUGGCUUUGUAGGGACGAGAGGGCAGCAGGGCUCUCCCGGCCUCCAAGGGAUGGACGGAAUGCCCGGAAACCCAGGAUCCAAAGGCCCCAAAGGCUCCCCCGGCAUGGAUGGUUUCAAAGGCAUGGUUGGCCUCAAAGGAAGUUUAGGGAUGCCGGGGUAUAAAGGAAUAACCGGAACUCUGGGACUGCCCGGUCCGAAAGGUUUGACGGGGGACCCAGGCUUUAAAGGCAGCCGUGGAGACCCAGGCCCCCCGGGAGAGCCUCCCAAAAUCCUGCCUGGAAUGAUGCAAUUUAAAGGGGAGAAAGGAGAUGAAGGACCGACUGGUUUGAAAGGAUUUCUGGGCUUGAAAGGUGGCCAGGGAAUGCCAGGAGUUCCCGGAGCGUCCGGUGUGCCGGGGUUACCCGGGCAACCCAGCCAGGUCAAAGGGGAUAAAGGAGAAACUGGGUUUCCCGGACUUCCCGGAGGGCAGGGAUUCCCCGGAGCCACCGGGAUUCCUGGAAUCAGAGGCUUCCCGGGAUUCCCUGGAAGUAGGGGUGACAAAGGCAACAUCGGCAUCAAGGGCUUUGAGGGUGAGGGCGGCUCCGUGGGAGACUUUGGUGACAGGGGAGACACUAUAAACUUGCCGGGAAGGCGUGGAGUAAAGGGGACACCUGGUCUAGCUGGAGUCUCAGGGGUAAAGGGAUUUAUAGGACAGAAAGGCAACCAGGGAGACUCUGGUCUCCAGGGAAUUAGCGGCAUGAAGGGGACUCAAGGCCCACCUGGUUCAAGAGGACAAAGCGGCUCCCCGGGGAUGGCAGGUUCCCCAGGCCACCACGGAGACCCCGGUCGGAGUGGAUUCCAGGGUGAAAAAGGCGACCCCGGAAGACCCGGACUACCAGGAUUUUCAGGUGUCUCUGGCUUACGAGGAAUCGGCGGAUUAGACGGACUACCGGGCACCAAAGGCUUUCCGGGAUCACCAGGGGGAGAUGACUUUGGGGACCCAGGAUUUCUGGGGGCCUCUGGUGAAAAAGGCGAACCAGGGGACCACAACCCUAAACCUGGCCCGAGCGGGGCAGAUGGACAGAAAGGGGAGAGAGGACCUACAGGGAACCGGGGGCCGGCGGGUGGCCGCGGACCUCCAGGGAUGCCGGGACUUUCUCCCAUUGCCAACAUCUCCGGGUUUCCUGGUGACAGGGGCGCUCCUGGCCUGUUUGGAACAAAAGGUUAUCCAGGCCAACCUGGGCCGCCCGGAGUCCCCGCUUCCCCUGGACCUAAAGGAGAAGAUGGAAACCCGGGAUUUUUUGGAGAGUCGGGCCCAAAAGGCUGGGGAGGAGAUCCUGGCCCCCAAGGCAGACCUGGAGUUUACGGCAUCCCUGGAACAAAAGGUCCUAAGGGAGAGCAAGGGCUAAUGGGAUUUAAGGGUAUGUUUGGGAACAUCGGUGAUCAAGGCCCCGUAGGACCCAAAGGAGACCGAGGCUACCCUGGUGCUCCGGGGACUUUGGGAUCGCCCGGGAUUCCUGGAAUUCCACAGAGGAUCGCCAUGGAGCCGGGGUUACCCGGGCCCCUUGGAAACCAGGGCCCCCCGGGGCUACUGGGAGAGAUGGGUCCGCAGGGCCCUCCGGGGCAUCCGGGUUUCCGGGGAUCUCCCGGUAAUCCUGGGCCUCAGGGCCGAGGAGGGGUGUCGGCUCUUCCGGGAUUCAGGGGCGACCAGGGCCCUGUCGGACAUCAAGGGGCGACAGGCCAAGAGGGGAAUCCGGGGCGCCCGGGGAACCCCGGCAUGCCCGGCCUGCCCAGCCGCAGCGUCAGCAUCGGUUACCUGCUGGUGAAGCACAGCCAGACGGACCGGGAACCCAUGUGUCCCCUGGGCAUGAACAAACUCUGGAGCGGCUACAGCCUGCUGUACUUCGAAGGCCAAGAGAAAGCCCACAACCAAGACCUGGGACUGGCCGGCUCGUGCCUGGCGCGCUUCAGCACCAUGCCCUUCCUGUACUGCAACCCCGGGGACGUCUGCUACUACGCCAGCCGCAACGACAAGUCCUACUGGCUGUCCACCACCGCCCCGCUGCCCAUGAUGCCCGUGGCCGAAGACGAGAUCAAGCCCUACAUCAGCCGCUGCUCCGUGUGCGAGGCCCCCGCCGUGGCCAUCGCCGUCCACAGCCAGGACGUGUCCAUCCCCCACUGCCCCAAUGGCUGGCGCAGCCUCUGGAUUGGCUACUCCUUCCUCAUGCACACGGCCGCCGGCGACGAGGGCGGUGGCCAGUCGCUGGUGUCCCCCGGCAGCUGCCUGGAGGAUUUCCGGGCGACGCCGUUCAUCGAGUGCAACGGGGGCCGCGGGAACUGCCACUACUUCGCCAACAAGUACAGCUUCUGGCUCACCACCAUCCCGGAGCAGAACUUCCAGGGCAGCCCGUCCCCCGACACCCUCAAGGCCGGCCUCAUCCGGACGCACAUCAGCCGCUGCCAGGUCUGCAUGAAGAACCUGUAGCCCCCCCACCUCCACCCCCCAUUGUCGUCGGGGAGCCAACCUAACCCGGGCCCGCUGACGUUUUAGCAGGGGAGGGAAUCACUUUGGUGCUUGUUCUUAACUUAUUACCUCAACUGCUGGAUGGAAAGUCCUGUUUUUUCUUUUUAUCUCUUCUGAGGGGAGGGGGGAAAAAAGCAUGCCGACAUUAUUUAGCGCUAGCCGUUAUACCGAACAAUGGCUUUCUUUAUGCAGUAGGUCCCCGCCGCUCUAACUUUUCUGUAUUACAAAUCUAUACCUUCUCCUAGUUUCCCCAACCCUGCAAACCAAGCUGUUAAGGCUAGCCCAAGCCUGUCCCAUUGUGCCACACUGUUUUCCUGUAGCAGCAGGUUUAGCUAAUAAUUUAAUGUCAUGUUUAUACAAGUGCCUAUAUUCUGUUUAUUCUACCAGAAAACUAACACACGUAUACCCUUAUUUGAGUGGGGCGAGGCGAGAAUAAAAUAAGGACGGGAAGGCAGUCUGGGCCAAAAUCCUGGAAGGCUGACCCGCUUUUGUAGAUUUUUGCCACUCACUGCACUGCAUCCUAUUCGGGGUUGACUCUCUGAACUCCAUCUACACCUGCCCGGCUUUCUACCCAAUGUUAGAGCAGUGGUAUAGUUAAAAUGAUAGAUUUGAAGGCAUUCUUCCAUGUGAGUUUAGGAAGAUGGCCCGAUAUGUCUGCCAUAGGGGGGAAAAUAAUGCCAUUUUUUACUCACUUCUCAACAUAAAAGCAAGGUGAAUUGAGGACAUUCUUACAGCCACCUGUUCAGGUCAGAAACAAUUGUCCGUUCAACUGCCACAAGGACUUGCCAAGGGGAUUUUAAUCUUUCCAGCCUCUCACGGUUUGUGCAUUUUCUGACUAUCACCCUUGCUGUAACUGUCUCGAAAUAAAAGGUUUGGGUUUAUUUUUUAAUCCUCAAA